AUGGCAAAGGGAUCAAUACCUAACGAUUACGUUGUUUACCAUCGGCUUGAUAGAAAGGAGGUCGUGGAGGAACUAGUGGAUCCAAAAGCGUUUUUUGCUUCCUCUAAAGUUAAAAAGGCCCAACCAGCAACAACCACGACAUCAACCACACGAUCAGCCUCAACACCAUCACCAUCUAAACCCGUCGAGAAGCAGGCCAAAAAGGAAUCAGUCGAGGAACCCAAGACACCCGUCGAACCGGCCAAGCCUCAACCUCCUGCAAAGCAGACAAAAAAGGCGAAUGACGACGACUACUUUUCCGAUGAUAAUGAUGUUGAAGUGCUCCCUCAGCCAAAAACGAGGACAGCGCCACCAGCAAGGAUCAAAGUCGAGAGACUUGCAUCCCCUCCUCCGUCAAACAAGAGAGCCGCGGCUGCUCCAUCGUCAUCAAAGAAGCGCAAGGGUCCCGCUAACGAUGAUUACGAGGACGAGGACAAUGACGAUGAGGUCGUCUCAAAGCCGACGAAAAGACAGAAAUCAACUCCCAAGAAGCCAAAGGAUGACGACGCCAUGGAUGUUGACGAGUCUGAAGAAAAGCCCAAAGCCAAGUCCAACUUCUGGGCACACAAGAACAAAACUGGACCCUCUGCACUCGGAUCCAAGGAGAUUCCCAAGGGCGGGGACAAUUGCCUAGUGGGCUUGACAUUUGUCUUUACAGGAGAGCUGAGCUCGAUUACUCGCGAGGAUGCCGCAGAUCUUGUCAAGAGGUAUUCAGGAAGAGUGACUGGCUCACCAAGCGGGAAGACCUCGUACGUGGUUGUUGGAGACGACGCAGGACAGUCCAAGCUGGAUAAGGUCAGGAAGUUGAAGAUCAAGACUUUAGACGAAGACGAGUUCCUGGAUUUGAUCCGCACUUCUCCUGCCAGAACUGAGGAUGGCGACAUUGUCAAGUCAAAGCCCAAGGCCGCGGCAACCACUGCCUCUACCGGCAGCAGCAGUUCGACCAAGGUGAAGGCUGAACUUGCUGAGACAAAGUCCUCGUCGUCUUCCUCCAAGGCUGCAACCAGUGAACCCUCGACUGUCAAAUCUGUCAAAUCUGAAUCGAAGGCUCCUGUCAUCGAUAACAACAAGCCGGCAGAAACAGAGCUUUGGACUUCAAAGUAUCGGCCGAAGCAGAUCAAGGACCUUUGCGGUAACAACGCUGGAGUUCAAAAACUUGUGAGAUGGCUCGAGAACUGGGAUGAUAACUACAAAUUGGACUUCAAGAAGGAUAAUGCGGACAAGUCCGGAACCUUCCGUGCAGUAUUGAUUUCAGGUCCUCCUGGUGUUGGAAAGACAUCUGCUGCCCAUUUGGUUGGAGAUUCGCUGGGAUACAAUAUUGUGGAGUUCAACGCCAGUGAUACUCGCAGCAAGAAGUCGCUCGAUGCCGACGUACGUGAUCUCUUGGAUAACCAAUCACUUGGCGGCUACUUCUUGAGCGGAAACAAUUCUCCAGGCAAAGGAAAAGAAGUCGAUCAUAAGGCACCAUCGAUGGCCAAGAAGCAGCUCAUCAUCAUGGACGAAGUCGAUGGAAUGGCCGGAGGCGAUCGCGGUGGUGUGGCCCAGAUGAUUGCUUUCAUCAAGAAGACUCAGGUUCCGAUCAUCUGUAUCUGCAAUGACCGCCAAUCGCCCAAGGUGCGCUCGCUCGUCAACUCGUGCUUCGAUAUGCGAUUCCAGCGGCCACAAGUUAACCAGGUCCGCUCGCGCUUGCUGAGCAUUCUUCACAGAGAAGGUCGACAGAUUCCUGCCAAUGUUCUGGAUAAGUUGGUCAGCGGCUCCCAAUCGGAUAUCAGACAGGUUUUGAACAUGCUCUCGACCUGGAGUUUGACAAAACAAACCAUGGAUUACGAUGAGGGUACUGCAUUGUCAAAGGUGUCCGAAAAAUACGUCGCCCUUAACCCCUUCCAGAUCGCUGAGCAAUUGUUGGUCAACACCAACUAUCGCGCUCUGAGCUUUGCAGACAAGUUCGACACCUACUUCAACGACUAUCAGCUGGCGCCUCUGAUGAUCCAGGAAAACUAUGUCCGUAUGAACCCUACUGAAUCCGGUGGCUCGCCAGACAGUCUCGGAACUAUGGAGCUGAUGAGCAAAGCUGCCGAUUCUCUUUCAGAUGCCGAUCUGGUGGACAGUAUGAUUCACGGGAGCGCACAGCAUUGGUCUCUCAUGACCACACACGCUGCCUUUUCGUGUGUCCGCCCUGCAUUCUUUGUGCACGGCAACAUGCGUCCUGGUUCAGGCGGUAACUAUGGACCCAUGAUGCAGUUCCCAAGCUACCUUGGACAAUACUCAAAGUCAGCUAAGUACAGUCGUUUGGUCAAAGAGGUUCAGAUCAGGAUGCGCCUCAAGAUUUCUGGCGACAAGAACGAGGUUCGACAGAAUUACAUUCCUGCGUUGUUCCCAGCUUUGACACGACCAUUGAUCGACGAGGGUGUGGAUGCCGUUCCGGGACUCAUUGAGUUCAUGGACGAAUAUUAUCUAAGCAAGGAGGACUGGGACACUAUUCUCGAGCUGGGUAUUGGCCGAAACGAUGCCAAGGCUGUAUUGGAUAAGAUCCCUACUCAAGUCAAGACGGCGUUUACGCGCAAAUACAACUCAACAUCCCAUCCCCAGCCUUACCUCAAGGCUACGGUGGUGACCAAGGGACGAGGAUCGGCUGGUGGUGGAGGUGGAAGCGAGGAGUCGCCGGACAAUUUGGAUGUCGUUGAGGCCGAUGUUGAGGUGCCGGAAGAGGUGGAUCAAGCUGCCGAGGAUGCAGAGGAGGAGAGCGUAGAGAAGGAUAGGAACAUCAAGCAGAAGAAGGUUAAAGGGGCAGCUGCCAAGGGCAAGGCAACGGCCAAGAGCAGUUCUGCAUCCAAGGGCAAGGCCACCACGUCGGCUCGCAGUCGCAAGUGA